AUGACGAUCUGUACAUAUAACGCACGUGCGCUUGCAUCGAAAGCGGCCACCAAAGAUCUGAUGAUGCAAGCCAAGAAGAUUAAGUACGACGUCAUCGGACUGACCGAGACGAGACGACGUGUUGGUGGAGUUGGCGUCCUCGUCAACACGAGCAUGGCAAAGAACAUAGACUCUUUCGAACAACUUACGACCCGAAUCGGACGUCUGCGGAUGAGAAGAUGUGGUCCAACACCAGCUUUGACUAUCUUCGUCGUUUACGCUCCAACAUCAAGCUACAAAGAAGAAGAAGUCGAAGCUUUCUAUAUGGACCUGGAGAAGUUCUACCGAGAAGAUCAUGUCUUCUACAAAGUCAUAAUUGGCGAUUUCAACGCCAAAGUUGGCCCAAGAAGAACGCCUGAUGAACUUCGCAUCGGAACCCACGGCCUCUAA